UUGAGCACUAGUUCCACCGAUGAAUAGAGACUCACUAGUGUGGGUGGCCAGGGCAAUGCUGGACUGCACGGCUACUUAUCAAAUGCCAGUAACUGGUGGGCCACCCAUUCUUCAUGGAAUGAAUAUUUUGGUGCUGUUUGGGCACCAUCACUGAGUUGAAGCCAGGAGUCUAAAUGAUUAAAAAGAUGGUACCACCCCAGCCCUUGUCCAGGUCCAGCAUUUAAGCAGAGGUAAAGUUGGAGUCAGGGCUAGCAGGAAGCCUCAGAGUGUCGGCACUUCAGAGUGAAGAGGGGGAGCUUCCUAGAGGAAGAGGUUCCAGAUAAGAAAAGCAGGAAGUCCUAGAUGGGAGAACAGGAAGUCCCAGGUAGGAGAACAGGAAGUCAAGAUCGGUGAACAGGAAGUCACAGAUAGGUAUCCUGGCAAUUUAGGGUGGCUGUAGGUAUGAGAGUUUUGAGAAUUUACCUCCGAACACUAAAAAAUUAAAUUACGUCUCCUGCGGCUGAUUCACACAUCCAUUUCAGAGGAUGAGUUUUAUGUAAUGCUAACAGGUCAUUUUCAUGUAAGAGAAAAGGCAAGUUGACUGGAGUCUCUCAAAGUAAGAAACGUAUUCAUGUUUGAAUGCGAUGGUCUGAGUUAUUAGCAUUUCAGAACAGUUCGGCUGGUUCCCUCCUGCACUGGAGUAAUAGCACCAUCCCGCCUGGGAUUUGAUGGUAUUCUAAGGCAAGGCUACCCUUACACUCCUGGCGGAGCCUCCAGUCUGGGGACUGCAGCGUGGUGCUGCUGGGCCAAAGCUGGAGGAAGAUACUGUGUAACCACCUAAAGGAGAAAUUGUUACUACAUUACAACCGCAGUCUUCUCCUCCUGUCUGUCUCAUUUUAGUCAAUGUAACUCUGCAAAGCUAAGCAAAGCUUAGCUGCCUGCCUGACUCCUUCACAACACUGCACGUUCCUACUUUCUUCGCCAAUCUCCGCACACAGACAAAUGUAGGAAGGAUCAGCUUUAGGAAGCUAACGAUGGCUUGAAAGUCUUCAGUUCCGUUUUCUUUUCAUAAAUGUAUUUCGCCUUGUGGAUUGAGCUACUUAACAUGUCUGCGACUGACCACUUGCACCAUCUCUUCCGCUACAAGAAGAUUUUGUUUAUCACUGGAAGGCUAUAACCCAUUACUACAUAGAAACUUCAGAUGAUAAAGCCCCAGUGACUGAUACGAACAUUCCUUCCCACCUGGAUCAGAUGUUAGACAUACUGGUCCAAGAAGAAAAUGAGCGAGAAUCUGGAGAGACGGGGCCAUGUAUGGAAUACCUGCUCCACCAUAAGAUCUUGGAAACAUUAUACACCUUAGGGAAAGCCGACUGUCCUCCAGGGAUGAAGCAGCAGGUUUUACUGUUCUACACCAAGCUUCUGGGAAGAAUCCGGCAGCCCCUGCUUCCACACAUCAAUGUCCACAGGCCUGUGCAGAAAUUAAUCCGACUCUGUGGUGAGGUCCUUGCAACGCCGACAGAAAACGAAGAGAUUCAGUUCCUCUGCACUGUGUGUGCCAAGCUGAAACAGGACCCCUACUUGGUUAACUUUUUUCUGGAGAACAAGUCCAAGUCACUGGCUUCCAAAGCAACUCUGAGUGUCACCACAGAAGACGCCUCCACUGUGUCAGCAGACAGCAGCCAGUGCCACCAGCCUCAGGAGCUGUCAGGAGCCACUGGGGCGGGGCACACAGAGUCGGAGGAUGAGCACCCUCACUACAUGGAUGACCUGUCUGCAAGCUUGGACGACCUCAAUGUCACCUCACUGCCAGAGGCCUCCGCCAUUCCACCAAAGCAGGAUUACAACCUAGUGAAUUCUCUGUUGACCCUGACAAGGAGCCCUGACGGUCGGAUAGCCGUGAAGGCCUGCGAGGGCUUAAUGCUCUUGGUGAGUCUGCCGGAGCCUGCGGCCGCCAAGUGCCUUGCUCAGAGCACCUGCUUGAGUGAGCUGCUGACCGGCAGACUCACCUCCCUGUACAAGGCCCUACCUCAGUCAGUGGAUCCCUUAGACAUUGAGACUGUGGAGGCCGUUAACUGGGGGUUGGACUCGUACAGCCAUAAAGAAGAUGCCUCGGCUUUCCCAGGGAAACGAGCCUUAAUUUCAUUUCUCUCCUGGUUUGAUUAUUGUGAUCAGCUCAUCAAGGAAGCACAAAAGACUGCUGCUGUUGCUCUCGCCAAAGCCAUCCAUGAAAGGUUCUUCAUCGGCGUUAUGGAGCCUCAGCUGAUGCAGACCUCCGAGAUGGGGAUCCUGUCGUCAACCGCUCUGCUGCACCGCAUUGUUCGGCAAGUGACCUCGGACGUCCUGCUUCAGGAAAUGGUGGUCUUCAUCCUGGGAGAACAGAGGGAGCCAGAAACUCUGUCAGAGAUAAGCAGGCAUCCCCUAAGACAUAGGUUAAUCGAACAUUGUGACCACAUAUCUGACGAGAUAAGCAUAAUGACCCUGAGGAUGUUUGAGCAUCUUCUACAAAAACCCAACGAGCACAUCCUUUACAACUUGGUCCUAAGAAACCUUGAAGAAAGAAACUAUACGGAAUACAAACCUUUAUGCCCGGAAGACAAGGAUGCAGUGGAGAAUGGGCUGAUGGCAGGAGCCCUAGAUCUGGAGGAAGAUCCAUUAUUUACUGACAUUUCACCAGAUAACACUCUGCCUAACCAAGAAUGGAUCAGUUCACCCCAUGCCAGCCCAGACCAUCCCAAAAAUGAUGGCAAGACAGAAGUCCAUAAAAUCGUCAACAGUUUCCUCUGUUUAGUACCAGAUGAAGCAAAGUCAUCCUACCAUGUUGAGGGCACUGGGUAUGACACCUACCUCAGAGAUGCUCAUAGGCAGUUCCGAGACUACUGUGCCAUCUGUUUACGAUGGGAGUGGCCUGGUGCCCCCAAACCACUGGAGAAGUGUGACUUAGAAGCAGCCUUCUUUGAAGGACAUUUUUUGAAAGUUUUAUUUGACAGAAUGGGAAGAAUUCUUGAUCAGCCGUAUGACGUGAACCUGCAGGUGACCUCCGUGCUGUCCAGACUGUCUCUCUUCCCGCACCCACACAUCCACGAGUACCUUCUGGAUCCCUACGUGAGCUUGGCCUCUGGCUGCAGAUCCCUCUUCUCGGUGAUCGUCAGGGUUGUUGGAGACCUGAUGGUUCGGAUUCAGCGCAUUCAAGACUUCACCCCCAAGCUUCUCCUGGUCAGAAAGCGACUGCUCGGUUUGGAGCCCGAAGGCCCCAUUAUUGACCACGUCACGUUGCUGGAGGGCGUGAUUGUCUUAGAGGAGUUCUGCAAGGAGCUGGCGGCCAUUGCCUUUGUGAAAUACCAUGCUUCCACCACACCCUGAGUGGACAUCACCAUGCUUCGGCCACAGUCACCCAGGUCUCUGGGAACCCGAGUUACUGUGUACAUUUCAUCCGAAAAACCCAGCCACGAGAGGACAGAAAGCCGUAUAAAUGAAGUUGCAAUCCACGGUGUGGCUGCUGUUGGCGGAAGGGCCUGAUGUCACUUCCCCUGGCUCUGUCACAGUCCUCUGUAUAAACCACACGUUGUUGAAACCCGGGAUGCAAUCAGAACUUGAA